AUGUCGGGAUUGUCCCUGCGUAUGGAUAGGGAAGCCAAGGUGAACCAAGACCUCAGCGGAGUAUUGCUCGAAAGGAAGCCCAGUCAACAGGGCUGGACAACGGGGGCCAAGGACGACGCUGCAGGAUUUGCUUCGGUUGGGUCUUGCAUCAGCCGCUCGCCGAUAGAGGCGAAGCGCCUCUUUCACCUUUCGAAGGUCGUCAACACUGGUGGCCAGCAGUACUACGUCGUCGGCAAAGGCGACCGAAGAGAUGGGUCGCCGAGUGCUCAAUCGCCAAGGCGGAACAAAGCCUGUAUUGGCUGUGGCGUACCAGUCGAGCAUUGGCUGGAGCGAGAAGUUGUAAAGAAGACACGAGCCCGGCUCGCCUUGAAGAAGUCCACAGCGCAGGGCGAUGGGCUCGGUAAGGUAUCCGUUGACGAUGAAGCGAACCGCCGGAUCUGUGUAAAGGCCGCAUAUAAGGUUGACUAA